UUUUCUUUAUUCAAAAUAUUUACAUACAAAUAUAUAUACAUUGUCAAAUAUAUUUUGAAUUGUUAUAAAUUACGUCGUCAUAAAUUUUUAUUGUCUAUGGAUUUUGUAUGCUAUGAAUAAAUUCAAUUUUACUAAAAACAAUUUGUCUAAUUUGAUAAAUUUAAAAAAUCCAAUUAAAAAUAUUGUUUAUAAAUUUUGCAAUAAAGUUACAAGCAAAAUGCAUAGUGUUUCUACAUUGAUACAAGGACAAAAUAUGUCUAUUAAAAUUCUGCCGGCACUUGAUGAUAAUUUUAUGUACUUGAUAAUUGAUGAAAAAACUAAAGAAGCAGCAAUAGUUGAUCCCGUAAAUCCAACGUUAGUAAGCUCUGCUGUUGAAGAACACAAGGUGAAGCUAAAUAAAAUUUUAACAACUCAUCAUCAUUGGGAUCAUGCUGGUGGUAAUGUAGAAAUGUGUAAAAAAUUUCCAAAUAUAAAAGUAUUUGGUGGCGAUGAUCGAGUCGACGGAUUAACAAACAAAGUAUCACAUGAUGAGCUUAUUAAUAUUGGAAAUUUAAAAAUAAAAUGUUUGUCAACACCAUGCCAUACAUCAGGACAUAUUUGUUAUUACUUAUCGGGGAUUGAUAACGAUUCUCCAGCUGUUUUUACUGGUGAUACAUUAUUUAUCGGAGGUUGCGGUAGAUUUUUUGAAGGAACUCCUGAACAAAUGUAUACCGCUCUUAUUAAAAUUCUUGGAUCACUUCCUGAUGAAACGAAAGUUUAUUGUGGGCAUGAGUACACUUGCAAAAACCUUUUGUUUGGAAUGAAAGUGGAGCCAUCAAAUGAAGAUAUAAAAAAACAGCUUGAAUGGGCUAAUAAUCAACGUAAAGAACGAAAACCAACAGUCCCUAGUACUAUAGGUGAUGAAAAAAAAUUCAAUCCUUUUAUGCGUGUUCACGAAAGUUCAGUUAAAGAUUUUACUGGCACGAAUGAUCAUAUUUCAACAAUGGCUAACUUACGUCAAGAAAAGGAUAACUUUUAAAUAGUUUAUUAAUAAAAACAUUACUAAAUUUAUUGGUUAUUUAAAGAGUAUAAAAAUCGCUUCAAAAAAAUAUAUAUAGACUAUAUAUGUAUAUGUACAUUAGAUUGGAAUCGUUUAAAAUGACUUUCAUAAUACCUAUGCAAUUUAAAUCUAUAAGAUGAAUAACACAAUUGAAAGUAUCAUUACCAGAGGAAAAUCCGUCUUUAAUUUUAAUACUUUGUAAUAAAGAUCUUCCAUAUUUUAAAGACAUAUUGCUCUUAUCUAAGUGACAUUUAUUAAAUAAUAUAGUCAAUAUGAAAAUAUAUUUUCAAUUGUCAUAACGAUCGGAUCGGCUGAGAACUUUUAAUUAAAAAUAAAAAUAUACUGAUCAGAGUAUAUGUAUUAUAUAUAUUUAGAAUUAUUAGAAAUAAUACUAAUAAUAGUAAGCAAAUCUGAUCAUUUAUAGAAAAAUCAAAUAUUUAAAACUUUUAUAAAUAAGGAAAAAGACCUAGUACCUGAUCAGUUAGAUACGAAAAUUUGUGCUCAACAAUAAAAAUAAAAGAAAAGAAUUCGCGCAAAUUUCCCUAUAUCAAAAUGACGAUCGCGAGCAAAUUCACGUGAAUUAAAUGAAAAGAUAUAUUCAAAUAUCGAAUAUCAUGAAAGAACUUCGAAAUUGAGGUUGUCAAAAUAACAUGUCUAUAAGAUAAUCAGCAAGAUAAUUAUCAAGACCAUCAGCAAGACAAUCAGUCGAACGAUUAGCAAGACUACCAACAAGACAAUUUAUUUAUUUAUUUAUUUAUUUAUUUAUAUAUAUAAACGCCAAUCGGCAAUAUACAUCAAUUUACAUGUUCCUUGAAUUUAAAUUUAUAAAAUAUAAAUUAAAAAUUUAUUGAAUUUACAAGUUUUAGCUCGAAAAUUUUACCAAUAUUUGACUAGUGAGAAUCAAUUGCAAUUGACUAGUAAGAAUUAGUAGCUAUUGUUAGUGAUAUUUCAAGAUAUUUUUCUUGAGGUUGGAGCGAAAAGCCUGGAUGGAUCCACCAAAAAAGUUUACUGAGUCAUGCAGGGAGUUCACCAAGUUGGAUAUCCUGUUAUUUAGUCGAUUUAUCACGUAGUUUCGAUUUGAAUUAAUGGUUUUCAACAGGCGGUUAUGCCUGAGCUUUCGAUCGUUCGUGAUAAACUUGAAAGCGUUAUAGAUGUCCGGUGCAUCAAUAAGAUCAUUGAAGAUCUUAUAGAAAAAGAUCAUAUCUGCAACCUUCCGUCGCUCGAUAAGCCUAUUAAUCCCAUAUUCUCUUCGCACAUCAUCCGUUGUUGAUCCAAAACUCAUUAUAGGAUUGGAGAAGAGUAAGGAUUUACAAAACUUGUGUUGAACCCUUUCAACCCUGCUGAUUGAGGUUUCUGUGAAUGGAGACCAUCUUACUGUUCCAUAUUCUAAAAUGGGCAAUAUAAGAGCUGAGAAGAGACAAAUCCGGGAUUGGACAUUGCUGAAGUCCUCCCUGAUUAAACAAAAUGAUUAAAAAGUAUUUAAAAUGAUUUGUUUUUUAAUCAUUUUAAAUACUUUUUAAUCCUUCAAAUCAUUUCUAAUCCUGUCUCUUAUGGACAUUUAACGUGUGAAAUCAUUUUUAAUCAUUUUGUUUAAUCAGGGCUUGCUAAUUGUCUUGCUGGUGGUCUUGCUAAUUGUCUUGCUGAUUGUCUUAUUGACAUUUUUUUUGACAACCUCAAUUUCGAGGUUCUUUUAUAACAUUCGAUAUUUGAAUAUGUCUUUUAAUUUAAUUCACGUAAAUUCACUCGCGAUCGUCAUUUUGACGUAGGGAAAUUAGCGCGAAUUUUUUUCUUUCAUUCUUAUUAUUGAGCACAAACUUUCGUACCCUGAAGUGAUCAGGGAACUAGUACUCGAUCACUCCAUGUAUUUCUAUGUCUACUUGGAAAGAAGAUGGUACUGGCUACUAUCCCGGAUUAUACUGUUACAUCUGAGGCAAAAAAACAAAAUUUCAGAUAGUACCACUUACAUCUGGAUUAUACUCAAUUCUAUCUCAGAUUUAGCUCAGUUACAUCUGUAGAUAUCCAAAUACAUGAGUGAUUGUGUACUACUUCCCUGGUCGGGUACUGAGUCUCUUACUUUAGUAGAAAUUUAUUCUUAUAAUAACAAUUUUUGUCAUGUCUUAAUUUCAAGAUUGUAUUUAAAAUUAUUAUUUUCUUGUUUAUUACAUUAUUUUGCAAUAUAAAUAAAUUAUCUAUACGUCUAACAAUAGUCAAUAGAAUCUGUUCAAUUUGUAUUAAAAAUUUGUGAGUUCUAAGUAAUAUUAGCAUUUCUUUUCAACGUUACCUAAAUAAAA